GUUUGUCUUGUUCACCUUCGGUGGGCUGUCGAAGUUAUUGGCAAUUGUGUUUGACAAUUUUCACCUAUUGUCUGCGUGCAGUGUACUGUACGGGACGUAACGAGCUUUUGUAUCUUUUUCAUUCACUUUCAGACGAAAGAGGAACGCUUUUUCAGCGCAUUACAUACCAAGGCAACAAAACACCGUUAGUGCACGGCCGGUGAACAAAGACACUGACACUUCCACUUACAUUGGCCAAACUUGUGAUGCACUAAAUGAUUAGUAUUGCAAGGCUCUAAAGAUCCUUUAAACGAAUGUUCAAAAAGAGUAAUGGUGGUGAUCAACUUCUUAUUGCUGUCAAGCUCAAUAAAAUAUCAGAAAUCUCACGGCUUGUUGCCCUGGGUGUUGAUGUCAAUUCCAGAAUAGACAGGAAUGGUAAGACUGCUCUUCAUUAUGCAGCUUAUAAAGGCCAGGCAGUAGCUGUGAAGGCUCUAGUAGAGGCAGGAGCUGACCUGGACAUAACAGAUGAGAAUGGAAUGACUGCUCUUCAUCGUGCCAUUAUUCAUGGCCAUACAGAUGCUGUUCACAUUUUAUUGAAUGCUGGUUGCUUGGUUGAUCAGAAAGAUGAGAAUGGAAACACAGCUCUUCAUGAAGCAGCCUGGAAUGGUUAUAGUAAAUGUGUUGAGCUUCUAGUGGCAACGAAGUGCAAUAUAAAUAUUCAUAACCGGACUGGUUACACCAGUCUACAUCUAGCUGCACAAAACUGCCAUUGCAAAACUUUGCAAGUUUUAUUAGAUGGAGGUUGCAAUGCACUUGUAAAGAACAAUUAUGGUGACACCCCUUUGCACAUUGCGGUUCGCUACGGGCACGAUGAAGUCUGUAAAGCACUUUUGGCCACUGAGCUCAACAUCUCUGAACAAAAUAAUGAUGGUAACACCCCACUACACAUUGCUGCCAAUAUGGGACACGAAAAACUCAUCGAAAUGUUACUGAAUGCAGGAAGCUCCACUACUGUCAGGAAUAAUGUUGGUGAUACUGCAAGGCAGUUAGCCAUUCAAAAUGGAUUCAAAUCGAUUGCCAAGCUAUUAGGUCCAACUAAAGGAGACGCUCGGAAGAUGUUCCGAAAAGACAGAAAAGAGAAACAGAGACCUCAUAGUUUAGAUGUGUCUGAACUCUUCAGUGGUGUGACAGACUCUGCUGUUAAUACCACUACUUCUCAGCUAUGGAGACCGGGACCAUUGUCUGAGGGCCGAGACGCCGAGAAACAAGAACAUAAACAAGACUUUUCAAGUCGUUUUUCUUGGGGCAAGAAGAAAAAAGAGGAAAGAAAAUCGAAAGUUCUCACCAUUAAGUACGACGAGAUGUGUUCCAUUGAACGAGACUUCAUUAAGACGCGGAAAGCUUCCUUGAAAAAAUCGCGCAAGACUCAUUCAAAGAGUAGCUUAAAAUCACAGGAAGAAGCACGCUCUGAUCCAUGUUUUCAUCAUGGACGACGAGAAUCAAAGAGGCUGCAUUCCCGAGUAAAAGAGGAGAAAGCAAAAAGCGCUCCAAGCAGAGAUGAUGUAGAAGUGAGCCUGUCCCAGAAGAAGACCAAAAAGGAAAAAGGUUUUUUCUCCUUGUUCAGGAGCGCCAGUGACCCGGACUUGAAGAGCGCUUUAUUUUGUGCAAAGCCUAAAGGGAAAUUUUCAUCUCCCGGAGGGGAGGUGAUGGGGAAUGGUGUACACAAAGUGAAAAAAGAGUCAAAGGAAAAAGGAGAGGUAGAAGAGACUAGAGAAAAGAAAGAUAAAAGGAAAAAGGAUAGGAAAGAUAAAAAAGGUCACGAGGAAGAAAGGGAAAAAUGGGAAAAGAAAGAAAAACGGAAAGAGAAAGAAAAAGAUAAGAAAUAUUCACGUCGUGACGAAAAAGAUGGAAGUGAAUCGGACUGCACUAUUUGUCAGGAAAAAAGGAGAAAAUCUCGAGAAAAGAAACGCAGCGAGGAAACGAAACACAAAGAACGCAGAUCUAAAUCGGAACCAAGAAGGGGAAGAGAUCGAAGGGACGUAGACUCAGAUGGUAAGGACUAUAGAACACAUAUAGACAAGGACGAUGGAGACAGAGAACAUAGGAAAAAGAAACAUCACAAAGAAAAAGAGAAGGAGAAGGAGAAAGGCAGAACGGACAGGAAUCACAAAAGAAAAACCGAUGAACACGGAAGGAGUAACGAACGAAAAGAGGUUGAGCACCAUAUCGAGGCUGAUUCUGGACCUACACCUUGUAACCAGAGUCACUGCGGCACGUGUCAGGCGCAGCUGAGCCGUCUUGAGGCGUGGCAAGAGCGCUGUACUGCAGAAAUCGACUCCGCUCGGCGAAGACUCGAACACAGACUUCAACGGCUUGAAAAAAGACUCGCGGAACAGUUGAAAGAAGAGAAACAAUCAGAAGAGAAAGGGAGUCGAAGUAAAAAACAUGAACGCACCAAGGACAGUCGCGAAGUUAGUAAAAGCCUGAAAGACAGCAGAAAUAACAUACGGGAAGAAAUGCGCGGUGUAAUAAAAGGAGGGUUGAGUAAACUGGAAUUGAGACUUGGACAGAUUUCUGCUGGGUACAAUAUGCCUUUCAUAGAUCAACACGAACGGUGUAAUCCUGAAUUAGGAAAGAAUUGCAUAAAUGAUCGAGGGAUCCGUCGUUUACGAAGUAUGAGCUCUCCUCACCUGGGGAGGAGUCCAUGUGAAGACUGCACGCACCAUUUGGAAAGCAAAGGAGGGAUGUCCCCGCCUUUCUCGCAGCUAGCUUCAAGUGGAACUUGCUCAAGUUCCCGCACACAGAUCAGCGACACCGGGUCCGUGGAGACAGUCAUCGAAGCCAGACCUGUUGGCAACAGAACCGGCCUCCACUCUUCGGGUACAAUCAUAGAAGCAAAACCUGUUGCAGAAGUGUUAGACACAGUGAUUGAGGCGCAACCAGUAGCUGAAGAUGAAAAUUGCCAUCAAGUGCACGAGACUUCAGCUGCUACACAGGUGAACCACCAGCGUCAAAUGCAAGAUGUGGAGAACUGGUGGCGAGCUAAAGCAGAGGAGGAACAGGGAGUUCUGUACGCUAGGAUCCGUGAACUCGAACAGAUGUUAAUGAUGUCUCGUGGGGGUGACUGUUUUGUAUGACCAAUGUGGUAAUGCUAUGACCUUUUGUUUUGGCGGGAGUUGUCUUUAAAAUACGACUUAACGUCCACUUGGCGUCAGAGGUUGCCAAGUAACGUGACAUCAUUAAAUUCAAGGGUUCGUGCAGAAUUAUUCCACAAUUUUGAAAUUUGUAAGAGAAGUUUUGUUUCCAAGUGUGUUGGCGGGAAUAACGUUAAAAAAAUGUGGUAUGAAAAACAAAUCCUAUUCAGAACGGUAGAAUUUGUGAACAAAACAAGAGAAAAAGUAAAAGAAAAAAGGCCCGGAACAAAACUGAGAUGUAAAGUAGUACAAUUUUGUUAGUUGGAAAGGAAUAUUGCCCUGUAAAAAAUUAUUUGCCAAGGUCUAUUAUUCAAAACCUCGUGAACACAGACCGUUCUAUUUUCAAGAGUAUAUUAUUUAAUAUAGUUUACACUUUUACUAUGUAUUUUAAAUGCGAGCAAAACAGGAAGUGAACAUUUCAUGUAAAAAUAAAGUAUUGGUUUCACUGAC